UUUAGCUCUAAACAAAGGCAAUAAUGGAGCCACAAGGCAGUUCGUAUUCAAUUCUCCGCUGAGAAGAACGCGUAGAAAUGGCUCCUUGCGUCUCAGAAGCUCCCUUGGUGGAAAGUGGUUCACAAGACGGGCCUUCUGCUUUUGAAGAUGAAGGUCGACAACGUAAGAGACAAAGGGCUCUAGUAUUAAGCAAAGAGACGGACGCUUCUGGCCUACCAAUUGGCUUUCACUUGAUUCCUCAAACUGGCACGAUCGUAGAAGAUGAAACAACUGACAGAGUAGAACAAUCGGAAAGCUUGCGGGUUGAAGAAUCUGAAGACACAAAAGGAGAAGAAAAAGCUCAAACUAGAGUCACCUAUAAUAUUGUUUUUGUUACUUCCGAAGCUGCACCAUAUUCAAAAACUGGGGGACUAGGGGAUGUUUGUGGUUCUUUGCCCAUAGCACUAGCAGCUCGUGGACAUCGGGUGAUGGUUGUUUCACCCAGGUACCAACGUGGUACUUCUGAAGAUUCUAUUUAUUCUGGUACAGUUGAUCUGGGUUACCGUUCCAAGAUAUAUUGCUUCGGAGGGAUUCACGAAGUUGGCUUUUUUCAUGAGUAUAGAAAGGGCGUUGAUUGGGUAUUCGUGGAUCACCCUUCGUACCGUAGACCUGGAAAUCCAUAUGGGGACAAUUAUGGGGCUUUUGGUGAUAACCAGUAUCGGUUCACUUUACUUUGCCAUGCUGCAUGUGAAGCCCCACUAGUGCUUCCAUUGGGAGGAUUCACUUAUGGAGAGAGAUGCCUAUUUCUUGUUAACGACUGGCAUGCCAGCCUAGUUCCCGUACUUUUGGCAGCAAAAUAUCGCCCACAUGGAGUAUACAAAGAUUCUCGGACUAUAUUGGUGAUACAUAACAUUGCACAUCAGGGAGUGGAACCUGCAAUCACAUACGGUAACUUGGGGCUACCUCCGGAAUGGUGGGGAGCACUGGGAUGGGUGUUUCCUACUUGGGCAAGGACUCAUGCUCUUGACACGGGCGAAACUGUCAAUUUUCUAAAAGGUGCAAUUGUGACAGCUGACCGGAUACUAACAGUAAGCCAGGGCUAUUGCUGGGAGAUAACAACGAGUGAAGGUGGAUACGGUCUACAUGACCUAUUAAGCAGUCGAAGUAGCGUCCUCAAUGGGAUCACCAAUGGAAUUGAUGUUGCUGAAUGGGACCCAUCAUCAGAUGAACAUAUUGCUUGCCACUAUUCUGCUGAUGAUCUUUCUGGGAAGGUCCAAUGCAAAAUUUCCUUGCAGAAGGAAUUGGGUCUUCCUGUUCGGCCUGAUUGUCCAUUGAUUGGAUUCAUUGGAAGACUGGACUACCAGAAGGGUAUUGACCAGAUUCAGUUGGCAACUCCGGAGCUCUUGGAAGAUGAUAUUCAAUUUGUUAUGCUUGGUUCAGGAAACCCUAACUAUGAAGACUGGAUGAGAGCAACAGAGUCAACUUAUAGGGACAAAUUCCGGGGUUGGGUUGGAUUUAAUAUUCCAGUUUCUCAUAGAAUAACCGCAGGCUGUGACAUACUAUUGAUGCCAUCUGCAUUUGAGCCCUGUGGGCUAAAUCAGAUGUAUGCGAUGAGAUAUGGAACUAUACCGGUGGUUCAUGAUACUGGAGGGCUAAGAGAUACUGUACAAAAUUUUAAUCCAUAUGCUGAAGGAGGCAAUGGUGAUGGUACAGGGUGGGCAUUUUCUCCUCUGACAAAAGAGAGCAUGUUAGUGGCACUGAGACACGCCAUUGUAACAUAUAGAGAACACAAAACUUCUUGGGUGGGUUUGAUGAGAAGAGCAAUGACGAGGGACUCCACAUGGGAAAGUGCUGCUGCUCAGUACGAACAAGUCUUCGAAUGGGCAUUCAUUGAUCCUCCUUAUGUUUCCUGAUGAGCAUAGAUAAACAGAAACAAUAAGCACAGGUCCAUGCCACUUGCCUUUUAUGUUGAUAGGAAGCUAUUUCUGGAGAUUUCCACGUAUCUUACCGAUAUUGCCUUGUAUUUAGGUUAACGAGACCUCAAUUUUGGUUUUACAUUUUGUUGCAUUUAUUUAUUUUUUUAAUUAUUAUUUUUUAAAUUUGCAACUGUU